AAGGGCCAUUUAUCCUCUAAUUUCGUCAAAUUCAUUUAAUUGACUGGCAAACAAAUUGAAUGUCGACAUGGAGAAAUUAGAGAAGCAUGUAGUUUUGUAUCUGAAACUACUAUCUUGUGUUUUCGGAUUAUCGAAGACGGAAAUAAUUUAAACGCAAUUUCGUAGGAACAGUUCUAUUUUAUUUUCCGCAGGAAGUACAAACGUGGAAAUGAAGGAGAAAAUUGGAACGGGGAAUGAAAAAUGUUUUCUGUAACUAAACAGGGCUUAAAUUCUCUAGGUUUUUUUUUUUUUCAUAUUAUUCGAUUAAAUAGUUCUAAUAGAAGUUUCUAUUGCCUUUUAGACAAUCUAGGGAAAACGACGGUGGAAUGAACUGCUUCUCUCGCUUGUCUUCCUGUAUACUUGGAAGGACAAGCCAUUUCAUAGCGAAGGGGACUCCUAAGGCGUCACAUCAAUCCCGUAUUCCCUUUUGGAGAAGGAGCUUCGAACAGUCCGGCCUCCAUCUAGAAUUUCUCUCCACCAGAUUUCGCAUUCAGUGCUACUCGUCUCGAAAGCCGAGUUUAAAAGCUUCGAUUAGGAAAAAGAAGGAUUCUCAGCCAACGACAGUCAUGGACCACGAGAAGGAUGCUUUCUUCGUUGUGCGGAAAGGAGAUGUUGUCGGUGUUUAUAAGAAUUUUGCUGACUGCGAGGCCCAACUUGGAACUUCGAUAUUGGACCCUCCUGUGAGUGUCUACAAGGGUUACUCUUUAUCCAAGGACUCUGAGGCAUAUCUUGUUUCCCAUGGGCUUCAGAAUGCUUUAUACACUAUCACAGCUGCAGAUCUGAAAGAGGAUCUUUUUGGCAUGCUCAUUCCUUGCCCUUUCCAGAUUGAGGGUUCAUGGAAGGCCAAACAUGAGAACAUCACCAACUUGUACGAAGAAGCUAAGAAGCUGAAGAAUAGUUUUCUUUCUUUCCACAUCAGUCAUGUUCCUCGGGAAUAUAAUUCAGAGGCUGAUUCUCAAGCGAACCUGGCCAUCAGACUUGCCGAUGGUGAAGUUCAAGAGGAGUUUGAGUAGUAUUUGUCUAAUGGAGGUACCUACUACAUACAUAUCAUUUGAAUCAGAAAUCAAGUACUGUAUUUUCCUGUUUAUCCAUUGUUCUUCGGGCUAAAAGAUUUUGUCAGAGGUCGUGGUGAGAGGAUCAAACCACAACUCCUGGUUGCCGGUGCAGUUGCAAUGAUUGGAGCUCAUUGCAAAACUUUUUCCUGCAAAAUCAGCUCGUUCAGUUACAAUGAUUGGCAUGGGCAUAAUUUUAGCGAAAUGCCCUCAUGUGUGCAUUGUUAAAGAUCCAUAAUUCCAUAUUUAGACAUUGUUCUAUACAGCUCCCGUUUGUUGUGGAUGGUACAAUACUCCAUGGACCAUGAUCAUAUCACUUGUAUGGAUAGGGUAAUAAUAAUUAGAGAAAAUCUCAAGUGAUGGACAAACCUCCUACAUAGAUGUAUUUUCAGGCGCGUCUGCCUGUUUAAACGAAAACAUAUAUCAUAUUGCUUUCUUUUUGGUUUUGACCUGUUUCAA